UCUGGAGGAGAAGGAAGGAAGCGCCUGCUCUGGGCGCCAACUGAGAAUUUUCUAUCAGCAUCAGAGCUGCAGGCCUCGAUUUUAUGGGAAAAAAAGGUCACAAACGUCACUCAGGGGAGAUCCUCCACUCUAGAUUAAUGACGCACCAGGCGGAAGACCUGUGAGGUCCGGUUAAGAAGAGGGUCCCCCACGACCUUGGGGUCCGGGAGUAAAAGACCUCGGUGUUCCUCUUGGCCUUCUAGAUUAGAAAGACAGAAUCGCUGUCGGCCUGAUCUGGACACUCAAGACGCUGGCCCUGCCGCGACCUGGUUUAGCGGUUCUAGAGGAGAACGGCAACUGUUUUGAGGAAUGUUUUACCUGGGGGAGCCAUAGAGGCGGCGCACCGGAAGCGGCGCGCCGGAAGACCGGCGGGCGUGGCGGAGACGUGUCUAACUGGGAUGCCUGGAGGCUCUUUCCCGGCUGUCGGGACCCGGAAGGCUGUGCCUAGUCCACCUGCACUUCGUGGGCCCAGCCGAGCAGCGUGGGGCGGCGGCGGCGGAGGCCCAGGCUGGCAGCGGCGGCUGCCGGGGGCCCAGCCAUGGCCGAGUCGGUGGAGCGGUUGCGGCAGCGGGUUGAGGAGCUGGAACAAGAACUCUCCCGGGAGAGAAGCCGCCAGGUUGUGGGCGGCCGGACCCGCAUCGAGAAGAUGAGCUCCGAAGUGGUGGACUCCAAUCCCUACAGCCGGCUGAUGGCACUGAAGCGGAUGGGGAUUGUCGGAGACUAUGAGAAAAUUCGUACUUACGCUGUAGCAAUAGUAGGUGUUGGUGGAGUUGGCAGUGUGACUGCCGAAAUGCUGACAAGAUGUGGCAUUGGUAAGUUACUGCUUUUUGACUAUGACAAGGUGGAACUGGCCAACAUGAAUCGACUUUUCUUCCAGCCUCAUCAAGCAGGCCUGAGUAAAGUUGAAGCCGCAGAACACACCUUGAGGAACAUUAACCCUGAUGUCGCAUUUGAAGUUCACAACUACAAUAUCACCACUGUGGAGCACUUUGAGCACUUCAUGAGCAGAAUAAGUAAUGGUGGCUUAGAAGACGGAAAGCCUGUUGACCUAGUUCUUAGCUGUGUGGACAACUUUGAAGCUCGGAUGGCUAUCAAUACAGCUUGUAAUGAACUUGGUCAGACGUGGAUGGAAUCUGGGGUCAGUGAAAAUGCAGUUUCCGGGCACAUCCAGCUCAUGAUCCCCGGAGAGUCGGCGUGUUUUGCGUGUGCGCCACCGCUUGUAGUUGCUGCAAAUAUUGAUGAAAAGACCCUGAAACGAGAAGGCGUCUGUGCAGCCAGUCUCCCCACCACCAUGGGAGUGGUUGCAGGGAUCUUGGUUCAAAACGUAUUAAAGUUUCUGUUAAAUUUUGGCACUGUCAGUUUUUACCUUGGAUACAAUGCAAUGCAGGAUUUUUUCCCUACCAUGUCCAUGAAGCCGAACCCUCAGUGUGAUGACAGAAACUGCAGGAAGCAACAAGAAGAAUACAAGAAGAAGGCCGCGGCCCUGCCCACACAGGAGGCUGUACCCAAGGAGGAGGAGGAGAUAGUCCACGAAGACAACGAGUGGGGUAUUGAGCUGGUGUCGGAGGUUUCAGAAGAGGAACUGAAGAACUCUUCGGGUCCCAUUCCCACCUUACCUGAAGGAAUCACAGUGGCAUACACAGUCCCAAAGAAGCAAGACGAUUCUGUUUCUGAGGUAACAGUGGAAGAUUCUGGUGAAAGCUUGGAAGAUCUCAUGGCCAAGAUGAAGAACAUGUAGACCACGGACUAGCAUUUGGUUUAUUUUCUGUACUUGUUUUAUCCCCUUGUCAUUAAAAUAAAUCAAAACUAAUAAAACUUAGGGCCGCCUUAA